AUUAGAUGUUGGCACUGUCAGGGCCUGGGACACAUUGCUGCCAACUGCCCGAGGGCGGCAGAGCCCAUGGACUGCGGGUUCGCACGACGGUCCUCCUUUUUCGGCCAGCCGGUGUAUGUUGCUGCUUCGCUGCUAUCCACUGAUACACCCCCGUUGUGUGCCAUCUCUAUUAAUGGACACCCAGUUAAGGCAUUGCUAGACUCGGGGAGCUUAGUGACCCUUGUGCACGAGUCCCUGGUGGCCAGUCGCGGCCCAGGCAAGCAAACCAUCAGGAUUGUGUGCAUUCAUGGGGACCAGCGAGAAUAUCCUACAACCUGUGUGACCUUGUCUACCCUCGGAAGGGAGAUACAGCAGGUGGUUGGGGUGGGGCGACAAAUCCCUUACGCUGCCAUCCUAGGUAGGGAUUGUCCCCUGUUCUGGUCUCUCUGGGAGGGACGGGGUGCAGAGCCGGUGCCCGUUGAUCCUGAAGAGGAGCUACCAGCUGUAGGGGUCACCAAUAAGGAGGAAGAGUGUCAACCCGAUAGCUUGUACCUAGAGGGGUUGGCUGGUGAGCCGGUGGCAGCCCCAUCUGUUCCAGAACUAGAAGUAUCCCGAGACACAUUCGGGACCGCCCAGCUCCAGGAUCCUACAUUGUCACGGGCCAGAGAAGGGGUGACUGUCAUCAAUGGAGUGGCUCAGCACCCGGGAGCCGACUCGGAAUUUCCCCACCUGGCCUGUAACCAGGACCUACUGUACCGGGUCGACAAAGUCCGGCAAGAGGAAGCUGUAUGGGAGGCUGAUCGCUCGGUCGGGCUGAGCGCUGUAGUCCGCUCGUCUAACAAGAACUGCCCAAUUGCUGCAGGCUCAGAGAAGGACCAAAAGAAGGGAUCCUGUGGCCGGAGCCAAUCCCUUGUCCAGGCCGACACGUGGCCUGUCUAACUUGCACGAACUUGGACAAACCCGCCCCAUGACAAGGUGUAGUACUGACCACUGAUG